AUGGAUUAUGUAUCAAAACGGGUUGACACAAAAGCCACUCAGACAAAUAACGUGAAGGUUGUGGUCGAUUUCGUUAAUACCAACAUUUUUGCUUGGCUCGGGACACCAAAGGCAAUCAUCAAUGAACAGGGCAUGCAUUUCUUCAACCGCACCCUCGAGGCUGUUUUGAAGAAAUAUGGUGUUACACAUUGGGUAUCGACUACUUAUCACCUACAAACCAACGGGAAAGUUGAAGCUUCUAACCAGCAGAUUAAGGUUAUCCUUGAGAAAACGACCAACCCUGUUAAGGAAGAUUCGAGUAUUCGGUUAGAUGAUGCGUUAUGGGCUCAUGGAGCAGCAUAUAAAACUUCAAUUGGAAUUUCGCCUUAUCAAAUCGUUUUUGGGAAACUGUGUCGACUUCUGGUGGAGUUAGAACACCGAGCAUAUUGGACUGUCAAGAAACUUAAUAUGAGCAUGGAUGAAGCUAGUAGGAAAAGAAGGUUGGAUAUUGAAGAGCUAGAAGAAAUCAUGAAUGAUGCUAACAAUAAUGAAGCGAUUUAUAAAAACCGAAUGCUUUUCAUGGCAAGAUGA